UUUGCACUUUUUUCUUCUGGCCACCUUUACAUGGAUGGGACUAGAAGCCGUUCAUAUGUACAUUGCUCUAGUGAAAGUGUUCAACACGUAUAUAAGGCGAUACAUACUGAAGUUUUGCAUCAUUGGCUGGGGUUUGCCAGCUCUGGUGAUAGCAAUUGUUUUUGCAAGUGCUAAUACAAAUGCAAGUCAUGUUUAUGGCAAAGAGUUAUAUGGGAAAGAUGCUAACGGGCAAGGAGGAGAUGACUUCUGCUGGAUCAGGAAUGAAGUUGUCUUUUAUGUGACUUGUGCUGGCUACUUUGGAAUCAUGUUUCUGAUGAAUGUUGCCAUGUUUAUUGUGGUGAUGGUGCAGAUCUGUGGGAGGAAUGGGAAAAGAACUAAUCGGAGCCUGAAGGAAGAGAUCCUGAGGAACCUCCGUAGUGUAGUCAGCCUCACCUUCCUCCUGGGCAUGACGUGGGGCUUUGCCUUUUUUGCUUGGGGUCCCUUAACUCUUGCUUUCCUGUACCUCUUCUCAAUUUUCAAUUCAUUGCAAGGUUUAUUUAUAUUUGUAUUCCAUUGUGCUAUGAAAGAAAAUGUGCAGAAACAAUGGAGGAGACAUCUCUGCUGUGGCAGAUUCCGACUGGCAGACAAUUCAGAUUGGAGCAAAACAGCAACCAAUAUUAUAAAGAAGAGUUCUGAUAAUCUUGGGAAAUCCUUAUCCUCAAGUUCAAUCGGCUCAAAUUCAACCUACUUAACAUCCAAAUCAAAAUCUACAACAAAUACGUAUUGCAAACGAAACAGCCAUACAGAGAAUGUUUUUCUUGACAAGCCGUCUUCAAAAUUCGCCCAAGAGGAUGGAGAACAGACAUCAAUCAUCCCUGUCCACCAGGUUAUUGACAAGGUCAAGGGAUACUGCAAUCCUCACUCCGACAACUUCUAUAAAAAUAUCAUCAUGUCUGACACAUUUAGUCACAGCACAAAGUUCUAACUGGGCCUCUGAAUUUUUUAAACUAAAGGAAG